UGGUUAUUCACUUUUUUCGAAGUCAUUUUGGGUGUUAGUGCUGUAACUAAGAACCCAGUCAUGUCUGGACGUGGUAAAGGUGGUAAGGGACUUGGAAAGGGGGGCGCUAAACGACAUCGGAAGGUGCUUCGUGAUAAUAUCCAAGGUAUUACAAAGCCCGCUAUUCGUCGCUUGGCUCGUCGUGGGGGAGUGAAGCGUAUUUCGGGGCUGAUUUAUGAAGAGACUCGCGGAGUGUUGAAGGUUUUUCUGGAGAACGUGAUCCGAGAUGCUGUGACUUACACAGAGCAUGCCAAACGUAAGACUGUCACUGCCAUGGACGUAGUUUAUGCUCUGAAACGCCAGGGUCGCACUCUGUACGGAUUCGGUGGUUAGCAGGAUUUCCUCUCUAAGUCUUAAUAACAACGGCUCUUCUCAGAGCCACUCACGUUUUCACAGUGAGAGCUGUAUCAGCCUAACGACCACGGGAACAUGUACCAAAGAAUAACUAGUG